GUUCCGGUCCACGUCAUGUUCCUCCUGGUUUCUGACAUCAUCACUUUCUUCGGCCGUCCCCAGGUGAAUGAGGAAAUGGAGAACGGCUCCAUGUUCUCCUCCAACGCCACUGACUUCAUCUUCUAUUUUGGUGUCGUCUCCAACAUCACCCUCAUGCUGUUCAUAGCUCAGGAGCGCCAUCUCCUGGUGGCCUACCCGCAGUGCCUCGGCUCCUGCAGCAGAUUCAGGAGGUCUCCAGCGGUGACCCUGGUAGCGUGGGCCGUCCCCUUCGGCAUCCUGGCCCUCGCCCUGCUGCGGUACAACCUCUGGUUCGCUGUUUCUCUGCUCACUCCCUUCCCCGUCCUCCUUUUCUUCGCUGUGGAUGCCUGGAGAGCUCUGAUCUGCUCCCGGUCCAACCCUCCGACCCCAGAGAGGAAGAGGACGGUGCUGGGCAUUGGCGCCAUUUGGGCCAACUACACCGUCCUCUACUCGCCCUUCGUCCUCAGCGUCCUUCUGGAGGCUCUGAACUUUAAGGAGGAAGUGACCUACCUGAGCCUGGUGUCUCACCUGCUGCUCUACCUCAGCCCUCUGGUGGACCCCUUCCUCUACAUAUUCAUGACCAAAGGCCUCAAAGAGGUUCUGCAGGCGCUGCCGUGCUGCCAUAAGGCGGGUCAGAAAGAAAACAGGAGUCCCACCGUGGACACUGUGGCUGAAACUGUGGAGACGAGACUUUGAGGAGGAUUUACAGAUUCAAAAAUGGAUCAUUCCACCUUAAUUUACCGAAUGCUCCACACCUGACCACCUUCAGUUUGACUGAUUUUUUUCCCUAAACGGUGAAUACUGAUUGACCCAGUUAAAAAUUCCUAAUGGGGUGGGUUCAUGUCGAUUUUUGUGUCAUUUCCUUUGCAUAAAUCUGUGGAUCGACGUUUGAAGCGCCUUAAGUGAGAAAUAAUGAAAUUUUGCAGGUUCAUUAAUAUGUGGUCUUCAGUGGUAGAAUAAUACAAACCAGUUACAUGAUGGUGCAAUUUUCCACUUUUCUGUCUGCUCCAAUAUUCCACAGACCAUAAAACCUUAGGUUUUCACACAAAGAGGCUAAGUUUUUUUCUUGUGAUCAACACCAAUGAGGGUUUAAAAUACUUUACGAAAAAAUUAUAAAAUUAGCCGUUUAUGGCCAGUAUGAGGACAAUCAUUGAGCAGGUAUGAAGGUGAAACCUCUGCAAUAGUGUCCCAACUGGAAGAGUUGUAUGUUAUUUUUACCAGGCUAAAAGAAAAAAAUACAUUGCUCCAAAGAAAAUGCACAAAAAUGAACACGACCCCUCCUUCUUUAAGAAUUUUUAACAAAAAUGUUAUCGAAGAUAACAGAUUUUACACAAGUUUUACUUAAUGAAAUGCACAGAGGAAAAAAAUCUGAAGAAAAUUUGGUAAAUUGAACUCGUCAUAAAUAUCUAUUGGUUUAGAUCUGGACAACUAUUAUUUCUGUAUAAACUUCAAGGAACUUUUAGACAGAUUUAGCAGAAAAAAAAACUGCUUUCUGUCGGCGAUCUCGAAGAAUCUGAGCACUUUAAUUCCUGUCAUGUCUGGUGUGAGCACAUCAGCAUAAGUAGAAGAGUGAUGUCACACUCUCAUGGAUAUUAUUGAUUACAGCUCAGCUGGUCGCUCAGCUGAUGAAACCAAUGAGCUAAUGGAGGCUUCAGUGCAGCUACGCUUCAUUUCUGAUGCAGCUUCUUCAUUGUGACACAAAACUGAAUUUCACAAAAUGUGGACUGAAUCUGCUGAUAAUUUUCGUCUUAAUUAGUAGUUAGGAGUUGACAUAGCUGGAAAAAGUGAGUACAUGAAAUAAGAUUAUAUUUGUUUGAAAUAAGACAGACUUGUUGACUUUUUACUCUCAGAGUGGAGGGAUUCAAAGGUCUGCAUGCACACAGAGAUGCCAUUUUAGUGAUUCAGCAGUUUCUCAGGAACAUCCUGUGUGUGAGUACACUUGCAAAUGUGAUCACUAGUUUAUGCUGUGAGCUAAAACACUCAGCGUGCUUCUAUUCACGCCUGUAGAUAAGCCAACAAACUGCAAAAUGAUUAUUGCUGAAAUUAGAAGUCUUUAAAGUGUGAUUAUGCAAAACAAUAAAGACAAAUUCGAGUCACAUUUUAGGAUGGAUGCGCUCCUAAAAUGCUUAUUCUUUCAAAUUGUGCAUACAGCAGUUAUCACAGUAUGAAUGCUUUACGUCAUAUGGAUUAUGCCAUAUAUUAUAGCUAUAUUUAGAUUUGUGAUUAUUUAUUUUUAUUUUGUUGCAUACCUAAGUUAAUACAGCUAUGCAGACAGAAAAUAUCGCCAUCCUCUGUCAGAAGUCUAUUUUGCAGCCUUUCAUUGAUGAACUUACAGAGAUAAAUAUGAGGGACUGUCAAAGGAAACAUGUUCUUUGAUGCAUUAAAAGUUUUCUUCACUGUGAGACCCAUUAUUACACAACAAACACAGUGCUAAGUCUAAUGGACAUACAAAAAAUAAACAUAAAAACACCCCAGUAGCCAAUUAGCUACAAAAUGAUUAUUGCUAAAAUUAGAACUCUUAAGUUAGAUUAUGCCAAAAGUAAUAAAUUGGAGUCACAUUUUAGGACUCCUUAAAUGCUUACAUUUUUAUAGCUUUAUGUGAUCUGCUCAUUGAAAUGAUGCUACUCAGGGUAUUUUUAGGUGAAAAGAAGCUCUUGAAGAGUUUAUCUUUUCUUUUCAUAGUGAUACCUUAAAUUUGCACUCUGGUUUUAAAGCACUGAUACACUUUAUUGUUUUUGCCUUAAUGCUGUUUUAUUUUUUCUGAUAUCUGGUUUUCUGGUGGUGAAGGAACGCAGUUUGGUUUGAACUUUAACUUUAAAUAUUGCAGAUAUUGCUUUCAUUUUAAUCACUUUUACAGCGAUCCAGAGGAGCUGACAUAUCGUCUGUCUGUGGUUUUAAGCACUUUAAACUGUUUUCUAAAUCAGAAAAGUGUAGUAUAGCACAUAACUCGACUGCUAGCAGCUUGAAUUCUUUUUAUAGGAAGUUUCCUUGGUGUGCAACAUUUAAUCUUUCGACUAAAUGUUCCUCUUUCAUUGAUAUUUUCAAGAAAAACCUCAGAAUGUACAUGUUUUCAGUGCCCUUUUUUGUUUUACAAACUGAUCUCACAAGUUACCAUCCUGUUCUUUUCUCAGUUUUAGUAUUAUAUGCUCUUUUAUUUUAUCAUUUCAUUUGUCUUGCUGCUGUCUGAUAAUGUGCAGCUCUUUGGUUAACUGUUUUUAAAUCUGCUCUAUAAAUACGUUUGAUCUGACAAGUGUCACAGUUUAAAAGACAAAAAACACAGACAGAUUUCAAGACACUUUGGAUCAUUUCUCUCCAAUUUUGGACUUUUUUUUUAGUCAUUUUCAACUAUUUUGAACAAUCUGGAAGACAUCUGGGACAGUUUUUCUGUAAUUUUGGACAACUUUCAUGUCUUUUUUAGGAUAAAAAGCACAUUUGAGUUCUGGUAAAAACUGCAACCAGAUCGGUUUUACAUCCAUCCAAGUGUCAGCGUCUAAAGCCAAAAAAAAUGUACAGAUUUCUAGACUUUUUGGACAAAUUUGAAGAAUUGUGAACAACUUUUAUGUCAUUUUGAACUUUAAAAAAAUAAUUUCAAGUAUUUUUGGACAGUUUUCAUUCAUUUUUCCAUAAUUUGUGUAUAACUUGGUGGGUUUACAAAUAUAUUAUGAAUUGUAUAAAUAAAACUGUAGCUGAACUAGUGUAAUUCAAUAAAAGUAUGUUAAAAUAAGUAAGUUCUAAAUAAGUUAUUUGUAUCUUUAUGUAUCUUUAUGUUUUCCACACAAAGGCUUAAAGAGUUUGAUGUGAAAUUUCUUACAAAUAGCAAAAACAACUGUUUACAGUCCCUUUAUGAUCAUUAAUAAAACCUCUAAAACUAAUUUCUGUGUAUCAAAGUUACAUAUUUGGAGUUUUUUUCGAUAAAAAACAUUCACUUUGCUACUAGUUUGAACCGGAAACCGAUUUAGAAGAAGAAUAAUGAUAGAGGAAAUGUUGUCCUGAAGUGGACAGAUUUGGUUCCAUAUGAAACUUUGGACGUCCGUAUUUCCGAGGUUGUCACCGACACGCUGCAGGUUUUAAAACACUCAGACAGGAUGGAGACUGCUGCUUUUGCUGGUGUGUCCUGCAGAUGUUUCUUCUGUUUUGCUCUUUGACUCCAGUAAAACACUAGAAGAUUAUUUGAUCUGAGAGGCUCCAUCAU